UCUCACGUGACAAUACCAUUCCGCGGACCACGUUAAUUAAGUAACCUGCUCAAUGCGACGUUGGCCGUUACUCUUACUGCCCGCUGUAGCGGCGCGCCUGAGUUCGCUGCCUGAAGACCCUUACGCAUUCCCGAAGUUCGCAGUUGACUUUCUGGACCAUCUACCCGUCCCCAAUGACACCGCGCAACGAUGGCUUGCCAAUGGCAUACGUGGCGGACAACGCGAAUUUCUCGGUCAGCCUUGGGAAGACCCCCGACAUCCACCGGCCCUAGGCAAUGGAAAUGAACAGCAAGCCGUAUUGACAGAAGAUGUUGUAUCAACACCGGACGUGUCAAAUGAUUUCUCUCUCGACUUCAUGAAAAUGGGAGCUGACGAGUACAUCUGUCUUAUUCCUAAACCGCUGGAGCAUCUCGACGUGGAAGAAGAAGCAGAAGAGGAACCGGAACCUAUGCACACUUGGUCGCUUUUACUUCCUCUUGUUGGCAACUGCUUAUAUCAUCGGCAACCGUGGUUCACAUACUCUUAUUGUCAUAACAAGGAAAUCCGCCAAUUCCGUGAGCUGAUACAGGCACGUCCCGCCGCCGGUGCCGCUCAUCACCCCGAAGAAGAUCCCACUUGGGAAUCAUACACUCUUGGACGAGCGCCGGAAGCUGCGAUCGAACCCGGUGCCGAGUUGACUGUGGCGCAACAAGAUGCGAUUGCUGCCAACGUUGAACUCGCGCGGUCUACUGGUUCUCGCUAUUUGGUUCAGCGAUGGGGUGAUGGCACGGUGUGCGACAAGUCAGGCAAACCCCGCGAAGUUGAAGUGCAGUUUCACUGCUCGAUGACAACCACGGAUGCGAUUGCCUUUGUAAAAGAGACCAAGACGUGUGCCUAUGUGUUAGUUGUACACACUCCCAGGCUGUGCGGUGAGCCCGGAUUCAUGUCCAAGAAGGACGCCGGGGAACAGGCUACGAUUUCCUGCCGGCAAAUCGUGGCAGAGGAUCGGGCGGCCGAGGCGGGGACGCGACUUUCAGCGGGAACGGACCAUCCAUUGAAGCUGGCACGUCCCAAACCUGUACUGCCAGUGCCUGCUGCCAAAGGAUCCGGGAGCGGAGGGACGAUUGACGGAUUGCUGGACGCGAAGCAUUCGGACGCGUUGCGCAAAGCGAUCGGUACGCUAAAGGACGGGGACUGGAAAUCGGGGACGCCAAUUGAGAUGGAGAUGGUCGAAGACGAGGAGGGAAAUAUCGUCGUCCAGUUCUACGACGGAUUGGAGGACAUCGAGGAGGGGGGAGAUGUUGUCGCAGAUAUGAUCGUCAAGGCUCUGCGAGACGAGGGCUUCAACAUCCGGGUUGCCACCGAGGAGGAGGAGCACCAGCACUCAAAGAACAAGAAGAAACGGGUUGAUGAGAAUUGAUCUGAUUACAUGUCUAAAUUGUCACUAAAUAGAUGAAAAGAUGGGAAAUAAUAGUAGCUGUAAGAAUAGCAAUGUAGGGAUCCAGCUGGAAGAAGUGCCUCAGAAAAAGCGUCUUUUCGUCGGCUUCUCCGAUACCGUGACCUUGAUAUGCACAUGUUGAGGCGCAAAGCCAGGUCUGGAACAAGGCACGAUGUCCCGCAGCCAUUCGUCGCCGUCAUCUUCCUCAUCUGGAUCAAAGUCGUGGUCCGCGCAAAACCCGCCGGAAGGAUCCAUUGGCCCCUCGCCACGCACAUGGCAUCCGCACAGCAGGUUGCUCUCUUUCCCCUUGCCCUUGACCAGAUCCGUCAGCGUGCAGCGCGCCGACGGCUCAACAUGCAGCAUUCUCCGCAGUGCCGGUCGAGUCUCCCGGGGCAGCAGCCGGAAAAUCGACUCGGCCCCUCCGCCGUGGAAAGUCGUAACGCUGUCAGUCCGCUGUCUGCGUUUCGGUGGCUCUGGAAUCGGCGGCAAAGGGGGCUUCGGGGUGUCCUGGUCCUGCAAAGUCGGCGUUGCAUCGGACGCCGUCGACUCAGUGGUCACCACAACGGGUUCCUCGACAGCCUGUUUCGCCAGAUGGGGCGGCGACUGGAAGGCGUUGAAAGUCGCGGCCCGCGUUCUGGGGGGCAUCACGGGAUUGGCACUCAGCGGCAUGGUUGCGACCUUGGGGGUCGGCAGAUCAUCCGCUCGGGCCCGAGGUGUCGCAGGGAACUCCAUCAGCCCAUCCCGAGGACUGAGCGGCAGACUCUCCGUUGAAUUGCCGGGACGUGCAAACUUGAGCACCGAAGGAUCCAUUUCGCGAUCACCGUCGGCAGGACUCUCGGACAGCAUCAGCCGAGAGAUGUCAGGCAACGUAGCCGUGCUUGGAAACAUCGUGUCGUGCAGCUGCAGCCGACGAGAGGCCACAUCAAAUGACCCGUUACUCUGGGUGGACAAUCUCGUCGGAGGCUCGGUCAACAUGGUCGCCACCGAGCCCCGAUCCGUGAAAAUGGAAGGUGUUUCCGAGGAGUUACGUGUGCUCGUUGGAUCUCCUUCAACGCUGCCGGUGUCCAACUUACCGGUGCUCGAAGCACGCUCACGUGCUCGGGGCGAGCCCAGCAACGGUGCCGGCGGGGAUGAGGAAGGCGGUGGGAGGGUCGUCCCGCGCUUGGCUAUGAGCUUCUUCUCUUUGGGAAUCGACAAGUCAGGAUGCGCGUUGACGAAGGCCUUGAAGCUCGGGUCCGUCUUGGGGUUUGGGAUCGUCCAAGGAAAGCGUCGGAGGACCAUACACAUAAACAUAAUCCCCACACUCCAGACAUCCGUUUUGCGGGGGUCGUACGGCUCCCCGCUAAGCACUUCCGGGGCAAGGUAAGGAUCACUGCCGACAAUUCCCGUCGCUGACGUGAACAGCUUGCCCGGGUAGUGGAAGACGGUAGCCGUCCCAAAAUCAAUCAGCUUCACGACGUUGUCCAUGGUCAUGACACAGUUGUCCAGCUUGAGAUCCCGAUCUCCGGUCGACACAUCUUCCCAGACAUCACCACGCUGAACAGGUCGUACGGAGCGUACUCCAUGACCUAGAAUAGACAGGUUACGGCUAGAAGGCGAGCUGAAGCUCAAAAAAACACACCUCGUAAUAGUGCCCAUGAUCCGAGACAAUAUCCACCGUCGCGAUGAUGUUUGCGUGCUUCAAAGUAGACCCGACACAAAAUUCGGCCGUAACUUUCUUCUGAUACUCUUUCUCGCUCUCUCCGGUGCGCUUCGGCCGGAACUGCUUGACGGCAAAAAUUGAGCCACCGUUCUUGCUGCUGGCCUUAAUCAGGCGGACGGUGCCCCCGGCGCCACUACCGAGGACCCGACCCCAUUUACCGUACUUCUUACCGAGAUGAGCGUGAGUGGCCUCCUCGAGCGAGUGGAAGACGUGCAGUGCCGGAGGCGAUGAUCGGGCUGUAUUGAAGCUCGGGGCCUUUGAUGGCGCUAUCGAAGGGGCUUUCGAUGGCGCUUUCGCAUGUUGGAUUGGGGGCGUGGAGGGCGCGGACGGUGUUUCAGCAGAAAUCGGGGACGCACGAUCGCUGCCGAGCUGUUCGCUAAAGUUGGAGCGUGCUGGAGAUGGAGUGCGGUCUUCGCUCGGGGUCCGGUCCUUGCUCUGUUUGAUCGGAAGGGACUUUACGUCCUUGUCCUUGUCCUUGUCUUUCCGCAUGAGCGAUCCGAGCUUGCUUUCACGGAAGGACGAACGAGCGGAUAUGCUCUCGGCCUUCGAGUUCGGGGCGGCGGGCUCGACUGCAAGCCCCGCCAUAGCCUCCGGCUUCGGCGACGCAGUGGGGGGGUCAAAAUAGGCCGAUGGCGGAUGCGUCGACGCGUCCAGAUGGGAGGGAGAACUGUGAUGCCCGCCGGGGGAAUGUGGAAUAUGGUUGUUCAGGAAGCGUUUGAGGUCGUGGAGUGGGCCAUGUGCAAGCUUGGACACGGCGCCGUUCGUAAGUGGCAUCGCCGCCGGGGGUGACCCAGGCGUGAGGGAGGGACUACCCGCCGAGGGCGAAGAGUUCGGUCCAACGCUCAACUUCCUGUGGGGUACGAAGCGAAAUUUGGAGCGGGUAGUUGGGGACGUGUCGUGCGGGAGUCCUGCGACGUCCGGAGGGGGUAUAGGGUCGAGGCGGAGGGACUGUGGUGGAUGAGAACAAGCUCGCUGGAGGAUAUCAAACGUACGGCAUUAGGCUGUGAAGGGACUACGAGGUCAGGCAUGGUUGUCGGAGGGAGAGCAUGGAUCCAAUGGCUUACAUCAAAUCAGAAUCUCUCAUUACCGAGUUGUCACUUUCUCCUUUGUCACGCAACCUGUGACAAGAUUUGAUUUUUCAGCGCAGGCAGCUGCGAUAAAGUGUCGCAUCUGCAUCUUCUUGAUCCCAAGCAAAGGGAUGGCCCGUGUAGCCUGUGCUCACAGGGAUCUCCACAGCCGACCGGACCGAUGCGUUUUGCGCGGAU